AUGGCGAGCGGCGCCGCCGCGCCCGGGGGCUCGGGCUCGGGCUCGGGCUCGGGCUCGGGCACGGCGCUGCCCACCCGCUUCCAGGAGACCGAGAAGCUGCUGGCGGCGACCGAGGGCCGGGAGGAGAAGGGCCUCCGCGGCUCCAAAUCCUUCACGGCCGCCUUGCCCGGCGAGGCGGAGCGCAACGGGCACGGGCUCGCCUACAAGUCGGUGUCGGUCGGGCACCUGGAGGCGGCCCCGCUCUCGCCGUCCCGGCUCAGCCUGGGCAGAGCCUCCUCCACGGCCACCAGCACGGCGGCACCGGAGCAGGGCCGCCCGCGGGACUACCUGGUGCUCGCCAUCUUCUCCUGCUUCUGCCCCGUCUGGCCCAUCAACGUCGUGGCCCUCGUCUUCUCCAUCAUGUCGAGGAACAGCGGGCAGCAAGGGGACAUGGACGGAGCCCGGCGACUCGGCCGCAUGGCCAGGCUGCUCAGUGUCGUCUCCAUUAUCCUGGGGACCAUCAUCAUCGUGCUCUACGUUUCACUCAGCGUCAGAGCUUCCUAG